AUGGCAGCUCCACAAGGGGGUUAUCCUCCCCAGGAAGGGUACGCCCAGCCCGGCUAUGGCUCCCCGGAUCUCACACAACAGCAAGAGUCUGCAGUCCCCGCGCAGGGAGCGCCGCCCGCUGGGGCCGCAGCAAAGAAGAAGAGAGCAUACGCAGGCGAGGCUUUUGAGUUCGGUUCCGGUGCCAAUGCUGCGCUUGGAGGACAGCCCACCGCGGGAGGCGCCUACGGUGCCUACCCCCAGCAGCCGCAAGCUGCGGGAUAUCAGCAGCCGGCGUACGGCGCCGACCCAAGUCAACUGCAGCCGGCGUACGGCGCCGACCCGAGUCAACUGCAGCCCUCCACCGCAGGCUAUGCUCCCACUUCAUCAGGCGUCGCGCAAAUGACGCAGCAAUUUGGUGGAAUGGGCAUGAGCGAGCCGCACCAUAUGCCCCCUCCGCAACCACAGCCCGCGGUGCAGCCCCAGCGCCAGAUCCAACUCAACCAGCUCUACCCGACAGAUCUCAUCUCUCAGCCCUUUAAUGUCGCGGAGCUGGACUACCCCCUCCCCCCAUUAUUCUGCCCCCGCAGUGUUUUCGAGUCUCCUACCGCCAAUUGCCCUCCUAAAUAUAUGCGGUCCACAUUGAACGCAGUGCCCACGAACAAUUCACUCCUCAAGAAGUCCAAGUUGCCAUUUGCCCUUGUCAUUCAGCCUUAUGGCGCUCUCCACGACGCGGAGGACCCGAUUCCUGUGAUUCCGGACCAAGUGAUUUCACGAUGCCGACGCUGCCGUUCCUAUAUCAACCCCUUCGUCACCUUCCUCGACCACGGCCACCGAUGGCGCUGUAACAUGUGCAACCUGACCAAUGAUGUGCCCCAGGCCUUCGAUUGGGACUCGACACACCAGAGGCCGGCCGACCGCUCGCUCCGCGCUGAUCUGAACCAUAGUAUGGUCGAGUUCGUUGCGCCGCAGGAAUACAUGGUUCGGCCUCCACAGCCGCUGGUCUACCUCUUCUUGAUCGACGUGAGCUAUGCUUCCGUGACUAGCGGUCUUCUGGCCACUAGUGCACGCUGCAUUAAGGAGAGCCUUGACCGUAUCCCCAACGCAGACCGACGGACCCGCCUCGGCUUUAUCGCGGUGGACUCUAGCCUGCACUACUUCAGCAUCCCUCGGGAUGGCUCAGACAGCUCAGACCCCCGGAUGCUGGUUAUCAGCGACCUGGACGAGCCCUUCCUGCCCAUCCCUGGUGACCUUCUGGUGACGAUGAGUGAAUGCCGGGAGAACAUUGAAACGUUCUUGGACAAGCUGCAGGAAAUGUUCCAGAACACCCAGAACAACAGCUGCGCCAUGGGCUCGGCUUUGCGUGCCGGCUACAAGCUUAUCUCGGCCGUUGGAGGCAAGAUGACUGUUCUGAGCGCAUCCCUGCCCAACAUUGGUCACGGUGCGCUUACGAUGCGCGAGGAUAAGAAGGUACUCGGCACCAGCAAGGAGUCCAGCCUUCUGCAAACCGCAAACUCCUUUUACAAGAGCUUCGCGGUGGAGUGCUCCAAGUCCCAGGUGUCCGUGGAUAUGUUCCUCUUCUCGUCCCAGUACCAGGAUGUCGCGUCUCUCAGCUGCCUGCCCCGGUACACCGGUGGUCAGACCUACUUCUACCCCGGGUGGAACGCUGCUCGAAGUGAGGAUGCUAUCAAGUUUGCUCGCGAGUUCUCCGAGUAUCUCUCUUCGGAGAUCGGCCUGGAGGCCGUUCUCCGCGUACGUGCCACCACGGGCCUGCGCAUGAGCACUUUCUACGGCAAUUUCUUCAACCGCAGCUCCGAUCUCUGCGCUUUCCCUGCCUUCCCUCGCGACCAGGCAUACGUCGUCGAGGUCGCCAUUGAUGAGACCGUGGCCAAGCCUGUCGUGUGCUUGCAGGCCGCUGUGCUCCACACCACCUGCAACGGCGAGCGCCGGAUUCGUGUCCUGACUCUGGCUCUCCCUACUACCACGAACCUGGCCGACAUCUAUGCUUCGGCUGACCAGCAGGCCGUGGCCACCUUCUUCAGCCACAAGGCCGUUGAGCGGACCCUGAGCAGCGGCCUGGAGCCCGCUCGUGAGGCUUUGCAGGCGAAGGUCAUCGAGCUGCUGACCACCUACCGCAAGGAGCUUGCUGGUGGCAGCGUCAGCGGUAGUGGGCUUCAAUUCCCAGCUAACCUGCGCGGUCUGCCUGUUCUGUUCCUUGCCAUGAUCAAAAACCUUGGUCUUCGCAAGUCCGCCCAGAUCCCGACGGAUAUGCGCUCUGCCGCGCUCUGCCUCCUGUCGACCCUGCCCCUGCCGCUCCUCAUCCAAUACAUCUAUCCCAGGAUGUAUUCCCUCCACGACAUGCCCGACACCGCUGGUGUGCCUGACGAGCAGACCGGCGAGAUCACCCUUCCGCCGACGGUCAACCUGUCGUCGAGCCGGAUUGCCGCGUACGGCCUGUACCUCAUCGACGAUGGCCAGACGCAGUUCCUGUGGGUCGGUCGCGACGCCGUUCCCCAGCUGAUUGAGGAUGUGUUUGGGGUGCCGGACAAGAGCCAACUGCGGGUGGGCAAGCAGAAGCUGCCGGAAGUGGACAAUGAGUUCAGCCAGCGGGUGCGAGCGGUCAUUGACAAGAGCCGGGACCACCGCUCGAAGGGCGUGGGCAGCAUGAUCGUGCCGCAUCUGUACGUGGUGCGCGAGGACGGCGAGCCUGGGCUGCGCCUUUGGGCCCAGACGAUGUUGGUGGAGGACCGCGCGGACCAGAGCGUCAGCCUGGACCAAUGGAUGACGACGUUGCGGGAGAAGGUUGUGCAGUAA